UACCAUCCUCUUCAGGAGUAGUUUCAAGAAUCUUCGCUUUGGUUUUAUAGCUCAGUCAAUUGAUGUAGUAAUUUUUUUUGUGUGUUGUUGUUCUGCAUCUGUUGCUGUAUUUCUGGCCUUGGCCUUGGCUUUCUGUUUUCUUUGCUCCUUUUGUUAGAAAUAAAGAUUUUUCAGUACAUUGUGAUGGGCCUCGACGCUCCUCUUAUUACAAGUGUCUUCUUCAGCCUAUAUAUUUGGUGUGCAGCUGCUGAUCCUGCAGAUCCAGGAGUUUUUAGAUCAAAGAAAUAUCUCAAGAUUCCAGCCGAUGAAAAGCAUACUAGAAGAAAAGAUUCUAAACUAUGUGGAGAAUCAACAUCAUCAAUGCAAGAUGCUAAUACUGUAACAGUUGUAGGCAAACUUCUGGAUAAGGAUGUUCUGGGCAAAGAAGCGACUUCAAAAAUGUCCACCAGUGAUAGUGGAAAGAAGAACGCAUCUGAAACUUCGUCUUGCAUCCUGUUGGCUUGCUUUUCACCCCUAUGGUUACUUCUCUACUCUUGUCAAUCUUCGAGGCAUGACUUACUGCCUCAAAUGAACCUCAGUUUCUCCUAACUGGGAUUGGAUACAAGGAUCUUAUUUUCUCCAUUCAGCUAUAUCUAUGGAAUUCUCUUUAAAAUAUGGAUGACAGUUUGCCAAUAUUCCAUAAGCAAUCAACUGUUAACUUGAUGGUCUUCUAAUCAAUGUCAAAAAUAGUAAACUACUCCUGGUCUUACAUUUUAUCCUAUAUUUUCUGCCAUCAUUCCCAAAAGCAACAAACCAGAACCUAAAGAUCACCUCAGAGUAAGCGUUUUUAUUUUAGUUAGCUAUUGACAUGUAUGUAUAAUGUACUG